AUGGUGAGAAGAUGCCUUCUGACGUUUAAGCCGUUCAGGAUUUUUCUGGUGGGGAUCGGCUUUUUCAGCCUUUGUUUCUUAAUGACUUCUCUGGGGGGCCAGUUCUCAGCCAAACGUCUUGGCGAUUCGCCUUUCACUAUCCGAACAGAAGUACUCGGAAGUGUGGAGUCCCGUGGGGUUCUAAGGAAGAUCAGUGAUAUGCUGGAGGUCAUUAUGAAGAGAAUCGACGUUCUCUCCAAACUCAGCAACACCAGUGACUCACAUAGACUGGAGGAGCUCAGCUCUGCUCUCGACAGGUUCCAGCCAGUAGGACUAGUGGAGCGGAUCCAGGCCAUUGCUCAAAAUGUGUCAGACAUGGCGGUCCGAGUGGAGCAGAUCCUGCAGAGGAGCAGAUCCAGUGGCAAAGCAGGUCAGUGUGACAUCCCAAAGGAUCCUGGGUAUCCAGACUGUGCCAGUAAAGUGGAUUGGAUGCGGGCCAGAUGGACAUCAGACCCCUGCUAUGCCUUCUAUGGUGUUGAUGGCUCUGAUUGCUCCUUUCUCAUUUACCUAAGUGAAGUGGAAUGGUUCUGCCCCCCUUUGGCAUGGAGGAAUCAUACCAGCACUCCAACACCUGGUACUGCGGUAAAGAAACAGGCGGUGUUGCGGUCCGAUCUGGGUCCACUCCUGGAAAAGGUGGGCUCAGGGAAAGAGUCUCUCAGCUUCAUGAGGAAACGCAUUCACAGACUGGCUGCGCAGUGGGCCGCAGCUGCCCGCAGACUAGACCAGCGUCUGCGUGCUCACUGGAGAGAACAGAAAAGGAUCCUGGUUCAUGUUGGGUUCCUAACAGAGGAGUCUGGUGAUUUGUUCAGUCCCAAGGUACUUAAAGGAGGCCCACUGGGAGAGAUGGUGCAGUGGGCAGACAUACUCUCCACCCUCUACAUCCUGGGACACCAUCUUAAGAUUUCUGUCUCUGUGAAGGAGCUUCAAGGGUUUCUUGGAUUUCCGCCAGGAAGAGGAAGUUGUCCCCUUACAGGACCUUUCCCCUUUGACCUCAUCUACACAGAUUACCAUGGGCUUCAGCAGAUGAAGCAGCAUAUAGGACUCUCACUGAAAAAGCACAAAUGUCACAUCCGAGUGAUCGACACCUUUGGCACAGAGCCGGCGUACAACCAUGAGGAAUAUGCCACACUACAUGGAUACAGGACCAACUGGGGCUACUGGAACCUCAACUGCAAACAGUACAUGACCAUGUUCCCACACACUCCAGAUAAUUCCUUCAUGGGCUUUGUGGCAGAGGAACUGAAUGAGACAGAAAAACUCAGCAUUCAGAGGAACAAAGUCAAUAACAUGGCAGUGGUUUAUGGCAAAGAAGCCAGCAUGUGGAAGGGGAAGGAAAAAUUCUUGACCAUCCUUCAUCGCUACAUGGAUAUCCAUGGUACGGUUUACUACGAGACACAGCGCCCCCCAGAGGUACCUGCCUUCGUAAAGAACCACGGCCUCCUACCCCAAAAUGAGCUACAGCAACUCCUCAGGAAGGCUAAGCUUUUCCUUGGAUUUGGCUUUCCUUAUGAAGGUCCUGCUCCUCUGGAAGCCAUAGCUAAUGGCUGCAUCUUUUUGCAGCCCAAGUUUCACCCACCUCACAGCUCUCUCAAUCACGAUUUCUUCAGAGGGAAGCCCACAUCCAGGGAGGUCUUCUCUCAGCACCCCUAUGCUGAGCAGUAUAUAGGAAGGCCACAGGUUGUUACUGUGGAUUUCAACAACUCUGAAGAGUUUGAGACAGCCAUUCGUGAUAUUCUGAAGGCUAAGGUGGAGCCAUUCCUGCCUUAUGAGUACACAUGUGAGGGAAUGCUGGAGAGAGUGAAUGCAUACAUCCAACAUCAGGACUUCUGUCACCUUAGAGCCCAGUUUCCGUCUGCCAACGUCUCAGGUUCGUGGCCUGGUAACCCCCCAAGCCCUUUCAUUCCGUUGCCCAACUCCAAUGCUCUGAUCUGGGCUCCUAACAUCACGAUGCCACCCUGUUGGCCACCCCUCACUGCCCUGAGGCUCCUGUUGGCACCAGACUCCCACUCCUGCAUCAGCACCUGCCAAAAGAUGGGCCUGAUCUGUGAACCAGCAUUUUUCCCCUUUAUUAACAACAUAGAGGCCAUCAGUGGGCUGGAUAUACAGUGUGAAUCUCUGGAAAUGGAGAUGAAUCACAUGUUCCCUGCUGUGGCAGUGGAGAGCAGUGAGUGUUUCUUGCAGAAAGAUCCUCUUCUCUUCAGUUGCGCUGGUUUCACAGCCAAACACCGGCGUCUCUGCCCCUGCAGGGACUACCUCCAUGGACAGGUAGCGCUGUGUAGAGACUGUGUUUGA